CAACAAUUGACUUCAGUAAAUUUUAUUAUUUACAUCUAUAAAUUUAUUAACUUUAUUAAGGUAAAUUGAGCAACAGUAGUACAAUAAAUAUGGAAAUAGAACUAAAUAAACCAGAUUUAUCUCAAUUAGAAGGUUUCUUAACCUCACUUACUUUUAAUUUAGUUGAAACUUACAAUAUUGACCAUAAUAUCAUAAGAAAACACACAAAGAAAUUGACAACAUUAGGAGAUAUCAGUUUUCCAGUGAAUAUAAAGAGCUGGUUUCAUUUAUUAAAGGAGAAAGCAUCAAUUGAAGUUCAGACAAUAUUCAAUUACUCAAAAACUAUUUCCACAACUGAAGAUCUAAUAAACUUAAGUAAAUUGUGGAAUUACCCAAUAAACAAAGCAGUUAAUGUGAAUGGUAAUUGUCAUAUAUACUUAGAUAAACCAGUUGCAUUCAAAAAAACAAUUGUUGAUGUUUUAAAGGAAGCAAGUAAAUAUGGAUCAUACAAUAUGAAUAAAUCAUUAACUUUGACCACAGAUGUUGUGAAUGAUGAUAAUCUGUUAUUAACAGAAUUAAGAGUUUUACUAUUAAUGAAAGUGGCAAAUAACUUUUUAAUCUUCAAUAACUGUAGUAAAACAAAUGGAGAAAUUAUAAAGUUAUGUAGUAAAUCAUUGGUGAAUGAUGAUGUCAUUGUGUGUGGUCCAAUUCUAAAUUCAAAAGGUUCAAAGGAUACUGAAACAACUUCAAAAGUUUAUUAUGAUCAACGGACUUUAGAUAUGAGGUUAAUGGCUGAACACAAGUAUGGGUUAAGAAUAACAUCUAAACCUGGAUGGGAAGAGUUUUUUGCUAAACUUGGAUCUGCAGCUGUAAUCAUAGAAAUGUUACAGAAUAGACCCAACAAUUGCACAACAAUAGACAUCAAUAAUCAUUACAUAAAAAACGCAUCUUUUAUCCUUUAUAAUUGUGCAAGGUUAUCAACAUUAUUGAAAGAAUUCGAAAAACGAGUGUCUGAGAAUGUAUAUCCACCUUUAAUUGAUAUUGAUGAGAUUAAUUUUAGUUUACUUGAACAGCCAGAAGAAUGGGAGUUAUUAUAUGUUUAUAUUCUGCAAUUUCCUGUACUUUUGAAGAAUUGCAUCAAAGAUAUUGAUACUUGCAAGAUUAAUGUUCAUUAUUUGGUAGCACACUUGGGUUCAAUGACGUCUGUAUUUAGUGGCUAUUACAGAAGAAUUAAAAUUUUGAUUGAACCUAGGGAUUACCUUUUCAAUGUUCUGCAUGCAAGAAUUUAUUUGCUGAAAGCACUUGAACAAGUUUUUCACAAUGGAUUAAAGUUAUUGGAUAUUGAACCAGUGAAACAAAUGUGAUAUAUAAUUAUA